UGAGAUCAAAGUCCUCAUUGGCUCUGACACAGAACAGGGUGUGACACACAGCAACACUUUCACACACACACACACACACACAUUCGCACACUCCAGCGGAGACACAAACACACACGCAGCUUCAUAACAACAGAGGGUGUUGAUUUCAGAGCACUGCCGUCCGGAUUCACAUCAUGAGCACACAGACCAAAUUCAGUGUGAUGAAUGUCGACAGCGGCAAGAAAAGAACCGUCCUGAAAGACAACAGCUGGAUCAGAAGAAACCCAGAGGAGGACGAGCCCGUCGAUUAUGAUCCCAACCCUGGUAAAGCAGUUCUGAGUCAGAGGAAAUCGCUGGAUAAUGUUGACAGCAAGCCGCCGGAGGCCAACCAAACCCCGGUGAGCUCUGGGACAUCUGUCAACUCCUUGACCAAGAGGUACGGUAGCAGUCAGGAGCUGCUCAACAAGAGCAGCAGCACAAACACUAAGAGCAGAGCCGUCGGCCCCUCGUCGCCCACCAAACCUCCGGUCCCUGCCAAGAAUCCGGCGCUCAAGACUCCCAACAGCUCCAGCUUCACAGCGCGGGUGUUCUCGGGAGCAAACACCAGCAGUAAACCGUUAAGUCCUGUUAAGCGAACAUUUGGUGAGAAACUUCCAGAGUACACAGCACCUCAAAAUACUAACGGACUCAAAAAGAGCAGCAGCAACGGAGCGCCUCCAUCGACUCCAACACCCGCUCCAUCGUCUGUGACCGUCCCGUCGUCACCAGCUCCUUCAGCCACGUCCCCCAGCGUGAAGAGUCCUGCCGCCACGACUCCUGUGAUCCAGCCCGCCGUGAAGAGCCCGACCAGGAGCGAAAGCGUGUCCGUGUCUACGCUGGUGUCCACGUCCUCAACAUCAUCGUCUCAAACCGUCAUCACAAACACCAAAACAUCCUUAUCGACGCUGGAAGAGACUCCAAAACCUGUGGAGAAGCCCUCAGCGGACCUGAAGCUCAGUGAUGUCAGUUACUCCUCGACUCGCUCUCCAUCGUCUCCAGCAGCUGUGACUGUGAACACGCGCUACAGCUAUCAGACCCCCAGCGCUCCACUGGACGAUCUCGCUGACACUUUAUUGCCGACCCGGUCCGGAAGCGUUCAGUCACAACCCGUCAGAUCACAAACACAAGUCAAGACUGUUUAUUCAGAGAUCCCCCCGUCAUCACCGACUCUGCGCUCGCCUCUGCAGACACUGGAGUCCAGCAGAACACAAGUCAAGACUGUUUAUUCAGAGAUUCCCUCCUCAUCACCGACUCUGCGCUCGCCUCUGCAGACUCUGGACUCGAGCAGGACGAUCAGCAGUCGGGAUAUUUGUACGGUCUGUGGGAAACCCAUCGCUGCAUCAGAGAGGAUGAUUCUAGAAGAUCUGAAGAUCAACAGCCACACGUCCUGCUUCAGGUGUGCAGUGUGUCACUGUGAUCUCGGCCGUCUGGAGGCGGGAAAGUCUCUCUGGGUUUAUCGGGAGCGAGUGAACUGCGCAAACUGCUACAGUAAAAUCAGAGGUCAGUGGUAUAUUUGAGACGGACGGGGUCAGUCUACAUGGAGACACUGAAUAUUAAUAAAGACAAUAAUUCAGCACAGCUGAUCUUAUAAAAUACAGCUGAUUAAGAUUUGAAAUGGCAUAAGGAUAUGAGGCAUGCUUUAAAUGAUAUUCCUGAGGAAAAUGUUCACAGUAUUUUUAUUAUAAUGCUUUCUUAAGGGUUAUUAAUGGGCAAAGCUUUGAUAAUUCAUGAGAAUAUAUACUCAAAUAUGCAAAUGCAGCCUGUUUUGUUGCUUUCAUUGAGUGUAACUCACAUUAAUGUUCUGUAAGUCAACUGAAAACGUGAUAUAUGCAGAUAAUAAAACUAUAUUCUGAU